AUAACAUGAUCUGUCUUUUUAUUUUGACAUUGUAAUGACAUUUGACAGCAUGGCGGCCACGGCUUCAGAUUCGGAAAUUACUAAAAGUGAUAAAUAUUCCAUAUUAUUACCGACAUACAACGAAAGAGAGAAUUUACCAAUUAUAAUAUGGCUUAUAGUGAAAUGUUUAGAUAAAAGUGGAUAUGAUUAUGAAGUGAUUAUUAUUGACGAUGGGAGUCCAGACGGCACUCAAGAUAUUGCCAAACAGCUGCAAAAGAUAUAUGGAUCGAAUAAGAUCAUACUUCGUCCUCGGGAGAAAAAGUUAGGCUUAGGAACUGCUUACAUACAUGGAAUGAAACAUGCGACCGGUAAUUUUAUUAUUAUCAUGGAUGCAGACCUUAGUCACCACCCAAAAUUCAUCCCAAAGUUCAUUGAACUACAACGAGAGCAUGACUUAGAUGUGGUAUCCGGUACUCGGUAUAAGGAUGACGGUGGUGUCCACGGAUGGGACUUCAAACGGAAGCUGAUAUCACGGACUGCUAAUUUCAUCACCCAGAUGUUAUUGAGACCUGGUGCUUCGGACCUUACUGGGUCUUUUAGGUUAUACAAAAAGGAUGUUCUACAAAAAUUAAUAGACAGCUGCGUGUCCAAAGGCUAUGUAUUCCAAAUGGAAAUGAUUAUUAGGGCGAGGCAAUUGGAUUACACCAUUGGAGAAGUUCCAAUCACGUUCGUGGAUCGCGUCUACGGCGAAUCAAAACUCGGAGGCUCAGAGAUAAUACAGUUUGCCAAAGCAUUACUGUACUUAUUUGCAACUACAUAAAGUUUUAUUUCCUACAUUCCGUUUAUAAAAUGCCACAGUACAAGACAAUUGUUUUACCUACCUAGAUUAUAUGCUAUCCUAGUACAUGAUUAUAUAGUUAUCUUGCCCUUUUUCUGUAAACCUAAGGCAAAUCAUUGCGUUAUUUGUAUUCCUGUUAAAAAAAUAUUUAUUUAUAAUAUCUUCUAAAAUAUUAAAACAGUCAAUAAGUCUUAAACUUGCAAUAAACCCUGUUUUUUUUUAUUUCAAUAUUAUGUACUGUGAGAUCAUUAACACUACACACGACAUCUCGUGGCGUUGAUUUGAACUAAAAAAAAAUAUAUACCUAUCUAUUUACUUGAUGUUGAUUUUUUAGUUAGGUAGGUAUCAGAAAAGAUUAUUUCAAGUAUCUUAAUUUGUACUAGAUUAAACAAAUUUUAUGAAAAACAAAUAAUAAAUUAAUAUUUUAUAAUUUUGAA